AUGGCUACUCAUACUGAUUUCAUCAAGGAUAUAACAAUUUCGAAAAUACAAUGGAAGUUGAAAGUUCGGGUUGUUCGUCUGUGGGAAGUCCCGGAUCGUUACAAUUCAGACACUACUUUCUCCAUUAAAUUGGUUUUACAAGAUGAAAAGGGCGAUCAGAUACAAGCUUCUAUUGGCAAGUCAGUGCUGCAUCUUUUCAAAACACAACUUAAUGAGCUUGGAUUAUAUGUUAUGGCGAACUUUAUCGUUUGUCAAAAUAAAGAGAAGUUCAAAACCACAAAACAUAACUUAAGGCUCACAUUUACUCAACGGACAACAGUGGCUGAAACAUCUGAUCCACUUUUCCCAAUGAAUAUCUUUGAUCUACGGCCAUAUGAUCAAUUGAUAAAUAAGGUUGACGUGGACGUUACUGAAUUAUUCGAUGUGAUGGGAGAAAUCGUCGAUUUUAGUGAGGUAAAAAUGCACAUACAAGCUGGAGUUUCUAGGAAGUUUAUGAAUGUCAAACUAGAAGAUGACGAGUAA